CGUGUCGUCGGUGGUCGGUUUUUUUUUCUCCGCUCGAAACAUUUUUUUUAGUUUCGCUAAAUUUCAUUGUGAAAUUACGGGAAAGUAGUGUUUUAUUACGGAUAAUCGUACACUUAACUGUACGCAACGGUUUGUGAUUCAAGUGCAGCGCUUCCGACGGUGUUUGGUUGGCCAAAAUGGAGCUCCUCUACAUGACCCAUCGCAAGUCGAACAGCGUCUCUUUCGUCGAAACUCAGCAAAACUUUGAGUUCUUCUCGACGACGUCGACGUGCAACGUGCUGGCCUUUACCACGACGAACGAGCUGACGGAACCGUCGCCGAUCCAGGGCUGGGGCUUCCACAUUUACGUGGCGGAUUUGAACACGCCGUGGUUCCCGUACCGGGUCACGACCAGCAAGUAUCCGGUGUCGGUGCUGGAGUGGGACGUGUUGGGGCGGUUUUUGCUGGUGGGGGACCGGAACGGGAAUGUGCAGCUGUUUGCGCAGAAGGGAACGCUGUCGGAGUGGAAGGCGGUUUAUAGUGUGCGGUUCCCGGGGGAGAAUAUCAUUGCGGCGGCUUUCUUUCAUAAUGGGCGGAAGAUUAGCCUGCAGAUGGACAAGAAGGAGCACUCGUUGUACGUGGAGAAGUUUCCGAAGGGGAAGUUUAGCGCCAGUGUGCGGCAGUUUGGCGGAGUUCCGGUGGAGGGGGUUGUGAUUGUUUCGGCGACGGGGAUGUUGGGGGCGUUUGCGAUUCCGGCGGAUUCGAACGUGAAUAUAAUGAAGCAGCAGGAGCCGAUGGUGCUGACGCCGGUGACGGAGAGUUUGGGCAUUACGAGGAACUUUUACACGACGGCGGACAUUUGCUACGGGAAGAGUGGCCACUUUAUGAUAGCGGCUGGGAAUGGAGAUACAAAGUCGGCGAAUUCGGGCAUGAUUCAGUGCUUUAGGGUUGCGGUGACGGUGAAGAAGGGGUGUGAAACGCUGGAGAUUGGUAGUUCUGCACUUCCGAGCUUUUUCCUGGCAGAAGGACUGGGGAAGGAUCUGAAAGAGCUGCGAGUGGCGCACAUCAAGUGGGUUUCCAAUGAGGACGCUGAUUCGUUGAUUGUGGCCUCGAAUUAUGCUGGAGGUGGAAGUUUCAUUGAGCAGUGGGAACUGACGGAAGAAUCGAUGCCGAUCCACAAGCUGUUCCAGAGCAGCAAGAACGAGUCGUUCAAGACGAUUUUGUGGACGAGCAAAACCAAGUACGUGUACAACUCGAAGGUGGUCAAGGUUUGCUCGACGAGGCUGAACUUUAUGAACUGCUCGUUUAUCUAUCUGGCCAUGAGCGACAACAGCAUCCAUUGUCUGCAGCGGGACACGUUCAAGAGGUUGACCUGCACGAACAUUAUUUCGAUUCGCGACCCGAACGAUCACGCGAGCAAGCAAAUUCGACUUGGCGUCAAGAUCGGAGCGAUCAAUGUAUCGUAUUUGGGCCAUUUGUUUGUGGCGCUCGAUACAACGGGUCAGAUCUACACGUACCGGUGCAACUUUAUGAUCCAGGACCAGCUGGGAACGCCGGCGUUGAUCGUUCAAACCGUUAACCUGCUCGAGUUCUGCCUGGUCACCGGCUUCGACUGUUUGGAGAUUUUACUCACGCUGAAGCCGCAAAUCUUGGACAACAUCCUGGAGCGCCUCACGGACAAUUUCAACCGGCAACCGCCCAACGUUCAGCAGUAUUACUACGUGAACUUCCUCACGAUGAAGAUCGCCCUGUACCGACUCUCGAUCACGGGCCAACAGAAGGCGCACGACCUGUCCAAUCUGCUCAUCCUACACUCGAUUCUGAUCGCCUUCAAGAGCUUGCUUCGCCCGUCGGAUCUAACCUCGCACGACAAGGGACCAGCGGAGAAUCUCGCCAUGGUCCUCUCGGAGUCGGUGCAGGACGUCGACAAGGUGCUCCUCAAUCUUGAGGCCAAAGACUUCACCAUGGAGCGACCCACGCUGCAGAGUCUGCAGCAGCUGAUCCAGUGGGUCGCCGACUUGGCACUCAACAUCCUGGCCAAACUGCCCGAAAGCCGCAGCUUCAUGUCCAGCAAGCAGGGCUACGACAUCAGCAAGGACAUUGUCGCACUCAACAGCAUCCGCGAACUGCUGGUCAUGAUUCGCAUCUGGGGACUGCUCAAUCCGCAGUGCCUACCGGUGUUCUCCCGCUCAACCGACAACCUGGACAUCCUCGUCACACUGUUCCGUCUGCUCACCAAACUCUCCCUCAACCCCAACGAGCCAGACGACCUCCUGCUCGACGAGUGCUGCCUCCUCCCCAACCAGGUCCUCAUCCCCCAGCUCCAGUUCGUACCCUCGCGAACCAUGAUCGCUUCCCCGCUACUCCCGCACGUCAGCCUGCCGGUAAUCUGCGACUACGGCGUCGAGAACGAAACACUCAAAUUCUGCCCGGAAAUUCCGAUCGUCGAGGGUGGCCUCUCAAACGACAACGUGAUCGACUCGGUGAUGUACCUGCAGCUGGGCCGGAAGCCACCCUCGUUGCGCCGCUGCAGCCGGUGCGGAUCGUGCAGCAGUCCGGUCAGCGUGGCAAAAACACCCGCCAUGAAGGCCUGGGAGCAGCGCUGGAUCGACAAGUGUCGAUGCAACGGUUUCUGGAGACUGGAGCUAGCGUAAUUGAUAGCUCAUCGCGCGAACAAACUACAAAACAAGGGAUUUAAGUUAUCCCUACUUCUUUCACGUUUAUCAUCAUCUCAGCCACAAUUGGAAACGGUUCGCGAGCGAGCGCGUGGAUUUAUAUAUAUUUUUUAUACUGGAAUAGAAGUGUAUGUGUUUUUUUUUGUUUCUUGUAUGUGUAGA